GUGUGACUGAAACCUGAAAGAUGCUAUAAACUGCUGCGCCCUCUACGCUGCACAGGAAGUGCUGCACCUCCACGUACAUCAUAUUUAGCUGCUUUUCUCUCUGAUGUUCACACGAUCAGCAGCAAGACAACAUGAAGGUCAGCGCUCUCUGCAUCAGACUGAUGGUGACUGUCCUGCUGAAGAACAGUCUCUAUGUUCAGGAAGCUGAUGCAGCUUCUAUUAAUGUGGAUCCAAACAGACUGCAGUUCUUUGAGUAUGAAUCCAUCUCACUUACCUGUGGUGGGAUUCACGGCUCAUCUGAAUGGAGAGUGAUGAAAAAGAUUUCCUCAGAUGCUUCUCGAGUGGAAACAUCAACAGGAUCCUUGAAGAUUAAUCCGGCUUUUAAAUCACACAGUGGAGAAUACUUUUGUGAAAAUGGAGAGGGAGAGAGAAGCAACGCUGUCAACAUCUCUGUCACUGCUGGUGAAGUGAUCCUGGAUAUUCCUGCUCUCCCUGUGAUGGAGGGAAAGAUGGUGUCUCUGCGCUGCAGAAAGAAGACUUCUGCCAUCUCUACAGCUGAUUUCUUUAAAGAUGACCAUUUCAUGAAGACAGAAUACACUGGCAACAUGACCAUUCCCAGUGUUUCAUUAUCUUCUGAAGGUCUUUACAGAUGCAGAAUCCCUGGAGCUGGAAGAUCACCAGAGAGCUGGCUGGCUGUCAGAGCAUAUAUUGCACCGCGAACUCAACAGACAACACCUCAACAGUCGUCUGCUCCUCCUCCUUCUCCUGGUUCAGAUCAGCUCUCCACCAUGUUACCUGUUGUCUUAACUAGUGUGUGUGUGGCGGUGCUGCUGCUGGUGGUGGCGGGACUUCUGCACUUUCGGGUUUGCAGAGUUGCAUCCUUUUCCUUUGGCAUGCCAACAGGAUCCAAACCAGUUUCAGUUUGCGAACAAGCCAGUGUAGCUGAACAGCCCAUGGAUAUAUAUGCUAAUAUCACAGGACGCAGGAAGAAAAGAGUUCGUGAACAAGCCAGUGUAGCUGAACAGCCCAUGGAUAUAUAUGCUAAUAUCACAGGACGCAGGAAGAAAAGAGGUUGCUGA